AUGCGCACGUCGAACGCACCCUACGUGAUAUCUCGGAAAGAUGCGCAAUAUUUCCCAAGCUCCCUCAGCACCAUCACGCCCACGACCUCUCGGGUGGUUCGCGUGCCCUUGACGUCGGGCUCAGACUUCAUCGAUCCUGAGAGCAUCAAGGUGGCUUUUCGCUUCGUCAACAACGAUGCCACCAACGACUUUCACCCCAUCAUGGGGCACCCUGCCUGCCUGAUCAAGAGAAUCCAGCUUUUCGCCAACGGCCAGCGCACGGACGACAUCGACAACUACGCGAGAUCCGUGCACUUGCACACGCUGAAGCCGCGCGAAUGGUGGAUCAACCAGUCCAACGAGGGCUUCGAAGUCAACGACACCGGCGGCUUCCCCUUUGCCCUGCCUCAGUCGCACUUUCAGGAAGUGCUCAUGGCGCCCACCCUCGGUCUCCUGGGCUGCGGCAAGAUGUUGCCUCCUCAAUUGAACCUGGUGUUGGAGAUUGAGUUUGCAGAUCCUGCUGACGCGGAGCGCGCGGCUCUGACCUUGCGAGAUGGGAGGCUGGACAGCGUUGAAGCGUCCAUAGCAACCUUGCAACCCAAGACGACUCUGCUCCCUUCUUACACCGAACCGCCGGUCUCCUACUUCUUGCUGGCGGUGGAAGCCUCCGUGGCCGCUUUUGCAGGCGGCGGACUACCAGACCUCGCCUCCUACCCUGCGUGCAGCAGACGGAGCUGGACGCCACACUGGCUCUCAGAGACAGCAGGGGACGCCUACGACGCCGACAUCCUGGCCUCAGCGCUAGACGCCAUUCUCGCUCAACUGGCAGCCUUGACAACCGGCGGCGGCAGCAAUUUCAUCAACGUGCAGGCCUGGUCUGGCGAAAUCACCUGGAACUUGCGUGAGUCUGCAGAAGAGGGGAAUCGGAACAUGCCCGUCUUGAAAGCCUGCGCCUCGGCAAACGUCACCCUGGACAGUGCUCUGGUUGAAAGCUUCAACAGAGUGGAGCCAGGCAAUCAAGCAGAUGGCACCUCUUCUUGGAAUCGCAGAUGCAGAUCCAGUACCCACAUUAUCCUGCAAAGAACUUCGCCGAGCACCACCACUUCCUUCAAGUGA